AUGAGUCCAUCGCCGGGUGAACCCCCAGAUAGGACUAUACCAGAAUGGAUGGAUCCCCUUAACUUGAAUGGACGCUUACAAUACAUCACAUUGAAAGCAGCAGACGGCCACAAUCUUCCGCAAAACCCUUUUAUCAUCGGGAGAUCUGUGGAAAAAACGGGAAAAAUUGAAGGAUUCUACGAGACGAAGAACAGCUGGUAUGUCAUCAAAUCAAGAAACAAAAAACAGAUUAGCGAACUGGAAAAGUUGACAAAUUUGACCGAUGGUACGCCGAUCGUUAUCGGACGCCAUCCGAGUUUGAACCAGCGAAAAUGUGUAGUUACAUGUCGGGAAGUGGACCAAAUGAACGAGAAAGAUCUUCUUACUGAGUUGUCGUCGCAAAAUGUAAUCGACGUACGAAGGAUCACAAAAAAAACUCCCAGUUCAGUUGUUGGAACUUCCACAUUGAUUUUGACCAUAAACGGGACGGUAAUACCGGAGUUUUUUAACUUUGGAUUCCUCCGAGUUCGGACUAGAUUAUAUUAUCCGUUGCCAUUGCUUUGCAGAAAUUGCUUAAAGUACGGGCACACCAAAAAAAAGUGCGAGAGUCCCCUCUCGUGCACCAAAUGCAGUUCUUCAAAUCACGACAGUCAAUCCUGUAAGAAUCAUCCGUUUUGCGGAAACUGCCAGAAAGAAGGUCACUCUCCGAUUAAUAGAUCAUGUCCAAUCUGGAUUGCCGAAACUACAGCAAUUAAAAUCAGUACCGAACGUAAUAUGCCGAUUGCAGCUGCCCGUAAAUUGAUUCAACAAACCAGCAGCCCAACAUCAUUCGCCAAUGUAGUCAAGGUCGACAAAAACCAACCGAGUUCAGUAGACAAUAGACAAGCGCCACCACUAACCGAAACCAAACAGAAGGAAGAAAAAACACAGCAGCAGCAGCCAACACAACAGAAGCGUACUAAUCAACCAACUACUCACCUCAAACCAGCCUCUCCUCCUCGGAAACGGAUUACUCCUCAACCCUCACCGGCACAAUCAUCGGAUGAGGCAGAUGACCGCGGAAACGCAAAAGGAUCCCCCAGUACCCUACCAAGGGAACAGUUAAUUUUAAAAUCCCCCAUUCCUUCCCAACGCUCUCUUCCCUCUCCUUACCCCUUCCAACCUCCCCCUAGUCUUAAGAAAACCCCUGACCCUCGGCCCACUAAAACUUAUACCAAAAAGUAA